UUCCGGCGCGCCGCCGUCCGGCGUGCCACUUCCGGCGCCGAGCUGGGCGGGUGGGGCGGGUGGCCGUUAGGUGAGGCGUGCCAUGAGGCCUCAGGCGUCUCUGCUGCCAACCGUGAGCGAGCUGUCGGCGCGCGGGCGGCCUGGCGCGGCGUUCCGACUGUAGCUGUGUCAGUGUGUUAUGAUGCCAUCCCGUACCAACCUGGCUACUGGAAUCCCCAGUAGUAAAGUGAAAUACUCCAGGCUCUCCAGCACAGACGAUGGCUACAUUGACCUUCAGUCAAAGCCAGUUCGUCUUUUAAGGGAGAAACUAGCUGCUAAAGCCAGCAGAUUGUGGGAAUCUUCCUUCUUUCCUGAUGUCAUGAGAUCCAAUUUAUUAAAGUUUAAGAAGAGCCCUCCUAAGAUCCCAUAUAAGGCCAUUGCGCUUGCUACAGUGCUGUUUCUGAUUGGCGCCUUUCUCAUAAUCAUAGGCUCCCUUCUGCUGGCUGGCUAUAUCAGCAAAGGGGGGGCAGACCGGGCUGUUCCCGUCCUGAUCAUUGGCAUCCUGGUGUUCCUGCCAGGAUUUUACCACCUUCGCAUCGCCUACUAUGCAUCCAAAGGCUACCGGGGUUACUCCUACGAUGACAUUCCAGAUUUUGAUGACUAGCACCAACCCUCAACCCUGAGGAGAAGAGUCACAGAUGGGACUGAGACCAGCUUUAAGAUAUUGAGCAGAAACUGGCUAAGGGCUAAGGAGUUCUGCAGUUUGCAGAUGUUAAACAAAAGAAUGGCCAUCCUCAAGAUGUCAACUGAGCUUACAAUUACAAAUUAACUAAUUAGGACAUGCUGUAUUUUUCAUCUCCUGGCUCUGGCAAAAGCUGACAAGUUUUUCCACACUAGUAUGUAUCUUGGAAGAGUAGCGGUGUUAAUGGUGUGGGAAAGCAGGAGGUUAUCCUGUAGUGGAGAGUGUUACUGCUGCCACCCUUUUUGGCGUUCAGCAUUUCUUUUAAAUAGUCCUUAUUGUCAGUUCUGGUAGCAAAUGGAAAAAUGUAAUAUGUCAGAUUUCAUAUUACUAGUAAUUUAUCUUGAAAACAUCUAAGUAUCUUACCCCUACACUCAUCUCUCACUUUGUGUGCUAAUGGAAGACCUUGGCAAAUCAAAUGUCAGUGUGGGUGCAUCUGUAAUAUUUUUUACUUGCUUUCUUAUUAACAGCAGCCAGGACUUUUUUAAAAUCUCAGAGCAAGUUUGCAGAAGGUAAACGCCUUCUCUGUUCACCAAUCCUUGGUCGGCUUUGAUUUGGUCCACCAGUAAGUUGGCCAACAUAAUUUGGGUUAUUCUGUUCUUUAUAGAUCAAGAUGUUCUGUAUAUCGUGCCUUUAAGGACUGGACUUUGGCUGUUUCCUAAGGAAAAAAUGUAGAUAAGUGAUUGUUAUUUAGAGAUUAUAAACCUGUUGUUAGCACCUUGCAUUAUGAUGUCAUUCUGCUGAAGACUGCAAGACUCAACCUGGAUCCCUAGAUGGACUAGACUGCCUUAGUUUGAUUCUGUUUCCUAGCUUGCACAAAGUGACAUACUCAAAAGAAAUUAAAAUGCCAAAAUCUAAA